UCAAGUCAGAAAUGAUUUUGUUUCCCCAAAUUCCACCUGGCACAAUCGAAACGCACGCAACGACAACAAAGAAUCGGCAAAAUCAAGUGCCUGCUCAAGAUGGCCCAUUAUCAUCUAUUGUAGCUGGAGCGUCCUCUCGAUUGCGUUUGCUCCUCUCGCCGGCUUUGUCGUUCUCGCCGCCAUCUUGCACAAUAGAAAUAAAUCGAGUUCAAGUGAUGCCUUUUCUGUCAUGACGCGCUCAUGCGUGUGUGCGCGUUUGUGCGAGAGCGGUUUCCUCGCAAGCGCAAUCAAAUCAAAUCAUACACAAGCGCUGCCGACCAUCAAUUUGCUGUUGCCACGGCAACAGGCAGCAAUUUUUUUUUUUUUUUUUUGAGCGGUUCCUGGAGGAAAAAAAAAAACGACUGAUGUCGGUUUCCGUGCAUUCAUCUGCUGGAGACAACGCUGGACUGCGAGUCAAUUUGAAUGCAGACGGACGACUUGAAACUGCUCGUUAUGAUUCGAUCGCUUCAAUAUUUGAACUGGCUACUUUUGCAUUGCUGGACUUGCAAGAUGGAGCGAGGCUGCCUCGAAUGCUCGUUGGCAAGACAAUGUCAGAAAAUAAAAAACAUGCAUCAGUUCAUUUUAGGGUGGAACUUUAAGCUGCUCCGAAAUCAGCCCGAUGAUCAAAAUGAACGCAGUUUUUAGUCACGAUGCUAAAACGAUGCGAAGCCGAUUCCCGUUCAAAUGCACGUGGAGACGCAUUUCUGUCCACAUCUCAUAUGCGGACCAGCCAAAAUGUUUUCUACAACUUUUUUGUUUUUUUCUAACCGGUUUUGUUGGGCCUGAUGGAAAAAUACGAUGAACGUCUUAACGGCAACCAGAUGUCGCCAGGGGUCGACUUUGCCUGGGCCGUUAAGACCCUUUUCCCUCGCUUGUAAUACGACUCCUUGCGUUUAGAGCGUGUUGGGACGCUUCCCCUCUAAGCUCAGAUGGAAUGCAAAGUCAAACGCGGACCUUUGAGGGGGGGGGCUGGGGGGGGAGGAGGGGGGCAAAGAGAAGAAAGGGAGUCCGGAUGUUGAAAGCAUGCGGAGGGAGAGGGAGACGCGCUCGGGGCCUGGCGCAGACGUCGGGAAGCGAUGCAGACGGGAGCGUCCGCAUUGCCCCCCCCCCUCAUUGAUUUGUAUAUGAAAACAUAGUGCUCCCCCCCACCCCCCCCGAUGCUCCCCCUUUCUGCUUCUCGUUGAGUGAUCAGCUGAUGAAGAGACUAGCAGCUCGCUGCUAUGCGGGCUUGCUAAUUCUCUCCCCCGCCGCUGCCGCCGUCGCCGCGCUGGAUCCCGCAGACCGCGCUCAGCCGGACGCCGGCGGGAAGAUGGAGGACGGCGGCGGCCCAAAGAAGCGCAAACACGAGCAACGACGCGACACGGGGCCGCCGCCGCUACCGACGCACGACACCGCCGGCGAAAAAGUCAAACGGAAACGAGGGCGACCGCCUGCCGAGAAGCUCCCCCCGAAUCCGCCCGAACUCACCCGGCAACUCAGCACGCUGGUGGACAUGGUGGUCAACUACAAGGACGGUUUGGGUCGACAGAUUAGCAAAGGUUUUGUCCAGCUGCCUUCCAGGAAGGAAGCUCCCGAGUACUACGAGCUGAUCCGAAAGCCUGUGGACUUCCGACGGAUCAGGGAGCGGGUCCGUAAUCACAAAUACAGAAGUGUGGGGGACCUGGAAAAGGACAUUUUCCUGUUGUGUAACAACGCUCAGACGUACAACCUGGAAGGAUCUCAGAUCUACGAGGACUCGAUCGUCAUCAAAUCGGUCUUCGAGAGCGCCCGGGUGCGAAUCGUGGCCAACGAAGGGCCCAAGCAGACGGUCGCCGCCGCCGCCCACAGCGACAACGGCGGUACCGCUGAAGACCCGGAGGGAGCGCUGGAUAACCAGGAGGAGAGAAGUCGGAAUCUCCCAGCCAAGAGGUCACCGCCUUUGUACGCAGACCGGAAUGUGGACGAACACUCCUCCAAGAAUGAAGGUUGAGCUGUUGUCGACAAGUCUUGAAGUCGAUCUGUUUCUUUGUCGUUCUUAUUCUGCCCAAAAAAUAAAAACGCCAUUUUGAGGGCUUCCCCAUA